AGUCAAUCAGCGGAACCGGUCCGAGAGACGCGUACAUACACUACGCGCUCUGGUGGGGCCCUGUGGACCUGAGUAGUGCGCGCUGUCCACGAUGGCACUGUAGUUCAAAUCAAUUGUCGUAUUCGAAUGGUCGAAAUUGUGUACUUUUGCGGCCAAAUAGAAGAGUGUCUUGUGUGUUGUAUACACGAAGAAUCGAACCAGCCCCGGUUAUCAACACUGAAGGUCGGCGGAGACACACAUACUACACCCCUGCUCCCCGUGUGCCGUUGUUUAUCGUGCUGUUGAUUUUGAUAAUUAUCGAACCAAAUUUUUGAGCAAACGCACGAGCCGGGCCGCUCAAGAUCACGCGGUCCAAACGGUGCAAAAACGGAACGGCCCACAGCGGGCAGUGUGAAUGCGCGACCGAUCCAGAGGUGUUGCGUUCCCGUGUUGGGGUGAUUGGAAUUUCACGACCAGGACAAGGUUGCAAAUUGAACAAGAUUAAACCAGGGGACGGGUGUGCGGUAUUCAGGUGAAAGCAUUCCUUGACUGAUUGGACGACGCUUCUUCAACCAGGCACUCAUCUCAGCUGGCCGCAAAUGUUGCGAUUCAGCGGAUCGAACUGGUUCACCAGGCCACAUUCCCGCCGGAAGAGUGGGAAAAAGGUGAAGGUAACCUUCUCGGACCAGCUCGACGCGACCGCUAGUGACGACGGCAGUGGUGGCAGUGUGCCGUCUACGAGCCCGAACCCUUCCACUUCCGCCCAGGCCCGGUGGCGCUAUCUGGAGCAGAUCUUCGUACCGCCCAGUCCGGAAGCGGCACCGAACCGUUCGGGUCCGGCGUUCGACCGUACCAGCAGUUUGCGGCAAAGCGGCAUCAGCUACGCGUCAGUAGGGAGCGCCAGCAGUGGCCCGUACAAUAGACGACCGCCGCCACAGCGAAAAGUAGGCCAGAAGAUGGCAGACUGCGAGAAGGAGGAAGCCCUAAAUCUGCAGGUGGAAUUCGAGUGGGUGCUACACGAGGAGGUCCAUUCGGUGCUGAAACAGCUGCACGUUAUCCUGGUGGAGUGUGCCCACCGAUUUCCGGUCCCGCUGUACGGUAACGAGGGCAAGAAGCAGGACAAGUUUGUGCUGACGGCCGCACCGGAACAGCUCAAGUGUAUCGUCACGCUUACCGGGGACAGCAUAACGCAUGCGGACAUCAACUUUAAGGUGCAGCGGCAGCAGCAACAGAUUCAGCGUACCUCCAUCACCCAGGAUUAUCCGUGGAAGAUACAGCAAGUGCAGGAUGCGGCCAACCAUCUGCAGCAGGCGAUCAACCACAUCGACAACGUGGACAGUGCGUACCAUUUCAAAACGUCCGACGAGGUGCUGCACAUACUGGGUAACAUUCUCGGGGCGUUGCAGCGCGGCCGCACCUCGCUCGUCGUGCCCCGCAAGAAGCCGAUCGACGAGCUGAUGAAGAGCCGCAACAUGAAGGCGCUGUCGCCGAACCUGCCAGAAGAUUUAGCGAUCAGCUUCUACAUCCAGAGCCACAAGCUGAUCUUUGUCGCGUACCAGCUGACCAACUUCCAGGGCACGAUGAAGUUCGACUCGUGCCAGGCGGAGUGCUCCGUACCGUGGCUGAACGAGGUGCUGGUGCUGUUUACCGUCGCGCUGCAGCUGUGCCAGCAGCUGAAGGAUAAGAUAUCAGUAUUCUCGCAGUAUAAGGACUUUACCGUUGGAUCGCGCUCACCGUCAGCACUGUCCUACUGAUGCCGGGUCCACUCAGCCAGCGGUUGCGUACCAUGUCCAUCGUAGACAUUGCAAAACCGUCCGGAUCGUUUGGUCGAGCCGUGUUCAAUGCAGACAACCAGAUCGAACAAACCGCCACCUCUCUUUAUGCGGCAGGAUAUAUAAGGUGAACGCAUAAGAGGAGGAAAACCAAAUAAAAAAAGGGAUAGUUAAAUAUACCACCCGGUCGCCGUACCGUACUGCUGUAUAAGACUCGCGGAAAUACUCUGGCUCCCAACCCGGUCCGUACUACGGAUUUUCUUGCAGUCGUGUUGUUGGGAAUGCGUGUAUACUUGAUGUUUGUUAUUAUUCAAUCAACACGAAAAGCGCUAAUCCCGUUGUUAUUGCAUUAGCCUGUAAGCACUAUUAAAAAAAAAACCUGUUUCAUCAAUCGUAUUCGAGGUUUUCGUGUUGUGUAUAAUCAACAACCGCGCUGGUAUUCCAAUCAGGUUUUGCUCCUUUCACAAAAUUCGAUUCCUUAGUGCCAUGAUUUUGCGGAAAGGAGAUUUUAAGGGAUGCAGCAAUACAUUUGAUCGUUACUAAAUCGAGAUAUACAAGGAACUAAUUGGCAGCGUGUUUGUGUGUUCGAAUCAUCAUUCAAUCGGUUAGUUGUGAGCAAAGUCAGUAGAAAUGUCCCUGAAAACCCUUUCCUUUUCCUUCCUAUUUCAAAAAGGUGUAAUCUGUACUUAUAUAAACUGGCAGAAAGGAUAACAUAAUACACACUUGAGCGAAUGCGAUAACUUAAGCCAACAAUAAUCCUAACCGUAGAAUUAGUCUGCCAAAAUUAUAAAUCUACACGCAAACCGAAAGAAAACUAUACUAACAUCUGGGCUGGAGAAAAAAAAACCCACUGAGGCACAACAGAUCGACGUUUACAACACAAAACAUUGUGAUAAUGCCAAAUAAAAAGAAGAAGAAAAAACUAAAAAAUACAAAAAGAACAAACAAAAACAGCCCAAAACAAAAAAAAUCAAAUUACGCAAAGGGAAAACAGCAAAUCCACGCGGUGCACCUGUAUAUAGAAUUAGCUGCGUCGUGCAUAUAUAUACAUAUGACUGAUGCUGAACGUCGUUGGAUUAGCGGAAUCUCAAAAAAAUAUUUAAAAUAC